ACCAGCACCAUGCCUGGACUCAUUAACAAGGAGAACCGGAGCGCCCUGCCCCUCAGCGUCUCUGACAUCACUUCCUGUGUCAGGGGUUACACUCUGGCCAUGUCAGCCUCUAUGACCUAUGAAAACAUUGAGGAUCAUGCAAUCGAGGGGAUGUUCAUUUAUCCACUGGAGGAGAAUUCCAUCGUCGUGGGGUUCGAGUCAAUGAUAUCCAGUCAGAUUAUAACUCUGCAAAUCAAAGACAAGGCAAAAAUUGACGACUGUUAUUUGGAUUGCUGCAACACAUCUAAUGGAGCCCUUCAGAGUGGCAGUGGCCACAUAGUGAUGGAUGAGGAUUUGGAGAGAACAGUGUUAGUGGUUAACCUCGGGAUGAUCCCGCCCAUGGAGACAGUCCAUGUGCUGGUUAGCACCUCCUCUGAGCUCUCCACCCUGCCCAAUGGAGGCAUCAAGGUGUCCUCCCCACCGGUGUGCACACCUCGAGUGCAGAGGACCAUCAAUGAGGAGCAGGGACUUUCUCCAAACUUCUCCAGAACGCGUGACAGGAACACCUGUGCCUCUAGUCCUCACGAUCAAACUCCCAACACACCUCCUCAGCUGUGGCUUGCUUCACUGCUGGAGGAGGAGACCAUCAACUCCAUGGACUACGAGUUUAACUUCCAGCUGGAGAUACGGGCUCCCUAUCUCCUCGCAGGUGUGGAGAGUCCGUCUCACGCUAUCCGAGCCGAUGCGGACCCUCUGGCCCGCUCUGCCACCAGCGUCGUGAUCACUCUCGCCGACAAGUACACUUACGACUGUCCUGUGGAAAUCCUCAUCUACCCGAGCGAACCUCAUCUGCCCCAUGUGCUCAUUGAGAACGGAGACAUGACGCAGGAGGAGUACGACGAGUUCCUUCACGGCCGGAGCGAUUUUAUCAAGGCCACCAAGAAGGACUCCAGCAACGAGAGGAAAGUGGAUAUCAUUCACAGGCGCCUCCACAAAGACAUCCUCCACAACCCCGUGGUCAUGUUAAACUUCUGUCCCGACCUCAAGUCCAUCAGCGCCGACCUGAGGAAGGUUCACGGCGAGUUCAUCUUCCUCAUUGACCGCAGCGGCAGCAUGAGCGGCGUGAACAUCAACCGCGUGAAGGAUGCCAUGGUGGUGAUUCUGAAGAGUCUUGUGCCCGGCUGUCUUUUUAACAUCAUAGGCUUCGGCUCAACUUUCAAAUCACUUUUCACAACCAGCCAGAACUAUGAGGAGGAAGCUCUGGCUCUGGCUUGUGAGUAUGUCAGGAAGAUCAGAGCUGACAUGGGGGGCACCAACAUCCUGGCUCCGCUCAACUGGAUCCUGAGGCAGCCGAUGUUCAGCGGACACCCACGCCUCCUCUUCCUGCUCACUGACGGUGCCGUCAGCAACACGGGCAGAGUUAUCGAGCUGGUUCGCAGCCAUGCACGCCACAUCAGAUGUUUCACGUUCGGCAUAGGACUGAAUGCUUGCAGGCGGCUGGUGCAGGGACUGGCGACGGUUUCCAAAGGAACAGCGGAGUUCCUGGCUGAGGGAGAGAGGCUGCAGCCCAAGAUGAUAAAGUCCUUGAAGAAAACCAUGUCUCCAGUUCUCAGCGACAUUUCCAUCGAAUGGCUCUUUCCUGAGACCAAAGAGGUGCUGCUGUCCCCCGUGGGCAACACCUUCCUGUUUCCAGGGGACAGUCUCAUCGGCUACGGCGUUGUCUGUGACACCACCCGCUACCAUGCUAACCCCAAAUCUGAUAAGCGGAGGCGAUACAGCAUGAUGCGCUCCAUUGAGUCGGCCAGCUCUGUGUUUUACCACUCUCAAGAGGAGGAGCCUGUGAAGACAGGUGUGGACAGCCAGGGGUUCUACAGAGAAGCUCCCUCUGGUCCUCUGUAUGACUGCUACCAGGACUCUGUGACUGACAGCAGCCCUGCCGCCACAGAGCAAGACGCAGUGGGGUUCGAUUGUAAGACAUCUCCAAGAAGACGUGCAUACAGCACCAACCAGAUCAUGGACUACAACCCGGCGAAGCGGGUCUUCACGCCCAGUGAUCCCAGCGCUGUGGUGCCAAAGAACCCACUGAGGAGAGCCAAAGUCCAGGAGCUGAUCGGGCAGAUGAGCUCUGAGCACGAGGCGCAGUGGAGGAACGACUUCCAGCCACAGCUGGCCAGCCUGUGCGCUACAUCCUCCAGCGGGCGUCCGGCCAGCUGUCACAGGACGCUCCCUCCACCGGAAGCCGACUCAGAGCUUCAUUUCCAACCACAGCCUCAGGACAACGCCCUGCCCAGGGACGUCAGCGUGCCGCCUACAGCGAGACACACCGCCGGGGAAGACGGAUCCAGAUCAUCUAGUGACAGCCCAUCUGUUGGCAGCAGCGGAGAUACUGAUGGUUAUGGACACCAGUUAUGUCAGGCAGAAACUCCUCAGGAGACCCACAAGUCAGACCUGGGCGCAGCCAACCAGCACAGAGGUUACUGCAAGGCUGUGGUGUCGGGACUGCUGUGUGGGAAAGCAGCCAAGUGGGAGGUCGCAUUUGAUAUCGAGCCCUUCCUGAACGGCCGGGAACGUGAGGAAAAGGUUCACGAGGAGCUUUGGAACGAGACCUUCCACCAUCUGGCUGGACGAUCCAUCAUACAGGACUUUGAGCAUAUGGCGGAUAAGGAGUGUGAGAUCGAGCACGGCUCUGGCAGGAAGUACCAGCUGUACGCCAUUCACACCAGCAAGUCCUGCAACAUACUGAGCAAAUACACGGCGCUUAUUCCCAUCGACCUGGACACUAAUGAGUAUUUGCAGUCAUGUAUUGAGUACAUGAAUUCCAGCGAGCGUCUGAAGAGGGGCUCACACUCCAGCUCUCGCUCGGGGAGCAGGAAGAACAGAGGAUACUCCAUCGGACUGGGUCGCUCUCAGUCGGGCGGCAUGUCUGAGGAAGUUGAGGAUGCUCUCCUGACCAACAACGGAGAGGAUGUUGCGUCUCCAUGCAGCACCCCGCCCUCCUCCAGCUGGGAGAGAUGCAGCUUGACAGAUUUCUCUCAAAGGAGCCCGUCUGUGUCCUCUGACCAAUCUCAGAAAACAGUGGAGAGCCUUUUUUCCGCCAGGUGGGUGUCUGGAGACCGUCUGGCUCC